AUGAUGGAGAUCAUCAAGUUGGGUGUCAAAGCUGACCUGCUGCUCCACAAGUACGGCGUCGAGUACCCUCCAUCCCAAGAGACCAUGCUCGCUACGUUUGGGGCAGGUGUGCUCCCGCGAGCGGUGCCGGCGAAUGCCAUGCAGGUGGUGGUGCCUGCUGGGCUGAGGGCUGGCGAUGCAUUUCAAGUUGCUGGCCCCACGGGAAGGAUCGAUGUGACCGUGCCCAGCGGAGCAGUGGAAGGUCAAAUCCUACAGGUGGAGCUCCCAGCUUCUCCGCUCGAGGAAGCUGAGAUGGCGCCGUUUACCUCCAAUGCUGCCUGA